CCCCCCACGUUAACCAAAUCAACAGUUGUGUUCACACUGUCCCCGUCUCUCUAUUCUUUAACUUUCCUAAACUAAAACUAUAACGCCUCAAAGAGUAAUUAAUCCGUUCACUCUCUCUCCUACACACAGACACUCAGACACCGUUUUUCUCUCUCAUCCUCUGCUCUUUCGUGCUUCUUCUUCUCCUUUCUUUCUUUCUGAUAAUGUAAACACAGAAAAAUCAAGGAAAGUUGGUUCUUUGGAUUUGAACUAUACCCAAAAGUCGAAUACAUGGGGUCUUGUAGUUUUCUUCCGGUUUUCUUCUUCUACAUUGCUUUGUUGAUCAACUUGUGCGUUGCUGGAGAUCCAUUUGUUAACUACGACUUUGAAGUUUCGUACAUUACUGCUUCUCCUCUUGGUGUCCCCCAACAGGUUAUUGCUAUCAAUGGCCAUUUUCCAGGGCCUACAAUUAAUUCGACUACUAACAACAACGUUGUUAUCAAUGUACGGAACAAAUUAGACGAAGAGCUUCUCAUGCAUUGGUCUGGUAUUCAACAGAGGAGGAGUUCUUGGCAGGAUGGGGUGCUUGGUACAAAUUGUCCAAUUCCUCCAAAGUGGAAUUGGACUUACCAGUUUCAAGUCAAGGACCAAAUUGGGAGCUUCUUUUAUUUCCCUUCGAUCAACUUUCAAAGGGCGUCUGGCGGUUAUGGUGGCUUUAUUAUUAAUAAUAGGGACAUAAUUCCAAUUCCUUUCGAUACCCCAUACGGUGAUAUUACAGUUUUGAUUGGUGAUUGGUAUACUCAGAACCACACGGCUCUUAGGAAGACCCUUAAUGCUGGUAAGGAUCUUGGGAUGCCUGAUGGUGUUCUUAUUAAUGGGAAAGGCCCUUAUAAAUAUAACGCUACUCUUGUCCCCGACGGAAUUGACUAUGAAACAAUUGAAGUGUACCCAGGCAAAACUUACCGUAUUCGUGUGAGCAAUGUUGGGAUAUCAACCAGUUUGAACUUCAGAAUACAAAACCAUAACCUGCUUUUGGCAGAAACGGAGGGAUCAUAUACAGUGCAGCAGAAUUAUACUAGCUUAGACAUCCAUGUUGGACAAUCAUACUCCUUCCUGGUAACGAUGGAUCAGAAUGCGAGCAGUGAUUACUACAUUGUGGCAAGUCCUAGGUUUGUGAAUGAGUCACUUUGGCAAAGAGUUACUGGUGUUGCCAUCUUGCACUAUUCGAAUUCGAAAGGAAAGGCAUCUGGUCCCCUUCCAGACCCACCAAAUGAUCAAUAUGACAAAACCUUCUCAAUGAACCAAGCGAGGUCCAUCAGGUGGAAUGUGUCUGCCAGUGGUGCUCGCCCAAACCCACAAGGUUCUUUUAGGUAUGGCUCAAUCAAUGUAACUGAGGUAUAUGUGUUGAAAAACAAGGCACCAGAGAUGAUUAAUGGGAAACGACGAACAACACUCAGUGGGAUAUCAUUUGUCAAUCCCAAUACACCAAUCAGGCUUGCUGACCAAUUCAAAGUGAAUGGAGUGUAUAAGCUUGAUUUCCCCAAUACACCACUAGCAGGAGCACCCCGGAUGGAAACAUCAGUAAUUAAUGGCACAUACAAGGGAUUUAUGGAAGUGAUACUGCAGAACAAUGACACGAAGAUGCAUACGUAUCACAUGAGCGGAUAUGCCUUUUUUAUGGUUGGGAUGGAUUACGGUGAGUGGACAGAGAACAGUAGGGGCACAUAUAAUAAAUGGGAUGGAAUUGCUCGCACCACAGCACAGGUGUUUCCUGGGGCAUGGACUGCAAUCUUAAUCUCACUCGACAAUGUUGGAGUUUGGAAUCUGAGAGCAGAAAAUCUUGACUCAUGGUAUCUCGGUCAAGAAACAUACGUGAGGGUUAUUAAUCCAGAGGCUACUAACAAAACAGAGUUGCCUGUACCAGAUAAUGCCCUGUUUUGUGGUGCCCUCAGCAAAAUGCAAAAGCCACAAGACAUUUCUUUGGCAACACCAAUCAUGGGUAAUGCAUCAAAGCUGUUCUUUACUCUGUUGAUGAUAAUAUAUAGUUUGAUGUUACUGUGAUGAGUCCUCCAUGUUGCAUGCUGGAGCCUGGCUUGUUUAGUGAAGUUUGUGGUCGAGACUCGAGAGUGUUUGGGCUGUGUAAUUCUAGUCUUGUUGAUAUGAUCUUUGAUGUUCUUUGACAUGUGAGCUCUAUCUCAUCGUAAUAUUGCUCCUUGGGGGAUCCUUCAUUAAUUUAUUUGGAUUCAUCAUUCUUUUAUAAUUUAUUAUGUUUUUUUUUGAUGAUUCAUCAAUUUUUAAUGCAAGUUAAUCG